AUGACCUACGAUAUAACGAUCAAAAAAGUCGCCAUAGCAGGUGCAUCCGGCCAAAUAGGCCAAGCAAUCCUCAAAGAGCUCCUAAAAUCCGAACUCUUCGAAAUCACAAUCCUAACCCGAGACUCCACAACCUACCAAACACUCUUCGCCCCGGCCAUCAAAAUAAUCCAAGUCGACUACAGCUCCCUGGACUCCCUAACCCAAGCCGUCACAGACCAAGAUGCCGUCAUCUCUACUAUAUCCCCGCGCGCGAUCCCCGUGCAAAAACUCCUCAUAGACGCCUGUAUCCAAGCACAUGUGCACCGUUUCAUCCCCUCAGAAUACAGCUAUGAUUUCUGCAACCCCCUCAUCCAGAAACACAUAACCCACCAUCCCAUCUUCGCGCAAAAACUCGCCAUAGAAACCUAUCUCCAAGACCAAACCACCAGCACCACCACACUAAGCUACACCCUCCUCUACAGCAACCCCAUCCUCGAACCAUCCCUCCAAAAAAACACCUUCUUCCACUUCCCCACGCACAGUGCAACCCUCACCCCAUCUUCAAAAACCCACCCCAUCUCCCUCACCACUCUCCCCUCCCUCUCCAAAGCCAUCCGACGCAUCCUUACCCAUCCCCGUGAAACUGCCAAUCGACCCAUCCGCAUCAAAGAUAUCGAUGUGACGCAUUACCAACUCCUAUCCAUCGCAGAAUCACUUACCCCCGAUCAAGAAUGGGAUAUCCAGGAAGAAGAAUUCAAAGAAGAAAAAGAAGAAACCACUAAAGAUGCAAUUACAUCAACUCCAAAUAACGAGAGAAAUUUCAAUUUCGGAGGAAAUUUCGAAAAAGUACAUAAUUGUAUUUUUGGAAUUAAGGAGAUGACGCUCACGGAAUUGGAGGAUUUGAUGAGGGUUACGUUUUCUGGGAUGGAGAAGGAACAGGGAAAGGAGAGUUCGUGA